CAAAGGGGGAGAUAGCCACUGCCAAAGGUGCAUCUAAGUACGGCCAUUGUUAUGUUUCUUCUACAUACGCAAACACAAGUCUUGAGGACAUUGCUGCUUCAAAUGGUUUCAGUUGUACAUCAUGAAUGAAAUCGCAUCACCAGUUACAAGAGACGUGGCAAAGGCUCUGAUAAAGCGCGCAGAGGCGGCGGGGUAUAAAGCUCUUGUUCUCGACGUGGAUGUUCCUGUGUUAGGUACCAGACGUGUGGAACAAGAGGGAGAAAUUGAUAACGCCCCAUACGCCAAACACUUUCCAAAUCUAAUCAAACAUGAAAAUAACGUAGAGAAAUCUGAAACGCUAUCAGAUAGUCUUUGCGGAUCAGCGGAAAUUGCAGGAUAUAAUCCAUCAUUCACAUGGGAUAUCAUCUUAUGGAUGAAGACUAUCACGCGACUACCAAUCAUAUUGAAGGGAAUCCUUCACCCCGAAGAUGCGAAAUUGGCGGUGAAGCAUGGAGCGUCUGGUAUCUGGAUUUCUAACCACGGUGGACGACAACUCGAUUCUUUACUUGCACCAAUAGAUGCUCUACCGGGGAUAAAAGAAGCUGUCAAAGAUGAUAUUGAGAUUUAUCUGGAUGGUGGUGUGAGGAGUGGCAUAGUGAAAGCCAUUGCACUAGGUGCGCGUGCAGUGUUUGUAGGUAGACCCGCGUUAUGGGGAUUGAUAUGUGGAGGUGAAGACGGAAUGGCACAUGUGGUAAAAAUUCUUCGAGACGAAAUCGACACAACAAUGGCGUUAUUAGGCUACACAAGCCUCAAAGAAAUCACAAAAGACUGUAUAUUUAGAAACCUAGUGUUAAAAUGUAAUCUUUGAAUGGCGUCGACACAAAUGCAUGUGCAGUAUGUAUGACAAAGAAAUCACGGUAUUUGGACAUACUUGCAUGGACUACUGACCAAAUAGAGCCCAGAGGAGCACCAGAUUGAUCAUUGACAAGGUCAAAAAACCGCCUAGUGAAUAAAAUGUUUAUUAAAAUAUUGGUAUGAUGAAUAAAUGAAUUUUUAGAAAAUGAAGCCUUGAUAACAUAAGCCUAAGCCUCAGUCACAUUUGCUCUACGGCGGGCGUACGGCGACCGUAGCUUCACAAAAUCGAUAUAGAAAAU